AUGGCUUCGGACACCGAUAUCCCAGGAAUCGACCAGCCCCUCUCCUACGAACCAGAACGUAGUAGACUCCUUCCAAACCUCCUGCUCGAUGACGACAGAGAUUCUGAUCGCAGCAUCUUGAACGAGGAACCGUCAACGAACCAAUUACCGCUCACCACGCUUCGCGAAUUCACGAUGUUGCACAUCAUGAACGCCGUUACCGAUAAGCCAGAUUGGAACACCAAGAUUUUUGAUGACGCGAUAAGGUUGAGAUGGAAGGCUGAGGCGUUAGCUACGCCGGGGAGAGAUGUCACUGAGAGCAUGGCUGAAUGGUGUAUGGAGGAAUUGAAGUACAAGGCUACGCGCUUUGGCGGGAUGCCAGGUGGCGCGAUCAAGGUGUUCAACGGCGACGUGGUCAAAUCGGACACCGCCGUUCCGCACUCAGUUAAAGCUAAGCUGCAAGCUGCUGUGAAGCCUCUUGAAGAUGUCCCUUCAUGGGAGAAGGACUGGCAUCCCGGAUCGGACGAGAAAGUCCUCGAUUUGGUUCACCCGAGUUUAUUUCCUGUCGUUUAUGGGCGGACGAGGGCUCUCGGGAAGGGAAAGGGGUUCGCGACGUUGGAGAGCUGCAUCGCAAGGUGCGGCGAGGGCGAUGUGUUGGAAGAGCAAGACGUUUCGGACUUGGAUGAUAGGUACAGCACGGAAUACCAGUGGUUACCUUGCGAAGUGGGCAUUUCCCGAGGCGACGGGCGAGCCAGAAUCACAAGCUACAUUAACAACCUACACCCAGCGAAGCAUAGGCACCUCUAUAGCAUUAUCGAAGAAAUUAUCACUGCCUCGAUUCCCCUUUGGAACAUCACCCUCGCCCCCCUCGCCCACCUCUGGUACGACAAACACCAGCCUCAAUACAUCGACCGCUACGAUCCAAUUCCACGAGACGGACGUGAUGUUAUCUUCCGCAUUCCUUACUACGAGGUGGAAUACGAUCCCGACCCAGAAAACGCCCCAGAAACAGAAGGUCCACAACGUCUCGAAGGCGAGGAUGAUCCAUCCUACUGGGAUAGGAGGCAACAAUGGAUCGAAACAACGAGAAAGGUCGUGUUGCCAGAGCCCAAGGACUUUUGGCCGCUUGAGGAGCCCCCUCUUUUUAACUUGAGGAAGAAAUUUUCGAAGCGCGGCUUGCAGGUGAUUGUCAAGCUGGCGAAUAUCGAACUAAUGCCGGAGAAACCUUUAUAUAGUGGAGGAACGUGGCAUGUUGAAGGUCAACUCGUGGGUUUCUUAUCGUUUAUUUUUCACGGUGUUCAAUGUUUUCAGAACGAACAUAUUUGUGCCACAGCGCUCUAUUACUACUCUUCAGCCAAUAUUACCCCCUCGUCUCUUGCAUUCCGGCAACACACCGGUGGUUUCACACAUGGUCGGAUUGUCUCUCGCCAACACCAACACGACUGGCUCCCUGAGGUAUUCGGGUGCAGCCAGGAUGGAUCAACAUUUCAAAAUGUCGGAGGUGUCGAUACGCGCGAAGGCCGCCUGUUGACAUUCCCCAAUAUCCUGCAGCACCAGGUUCAGCCGUUUGAGCUCGUGGAUCGGACAAAACCAGGGCACAGAAAGCUUCUGGCGCUUUUCUUGGUGGAUCCGAAUAUCAAGAUUAUCAGUUCUGCGAAUGUGCCGUGUCAGAGGAAGGAUUGGUGGCGGGAGGAGAUUGGGCCUGGGUUUGGGGCGUUACUUCCGAGGGAAGUGAGGGAUAUUGUGUUUGAGGGAGUGGAUGAGUUCCCGAUUGGUUUGGAAGAGGCGAAGGAAAUGAGGCUUGAGCUUAUGGAAGAGAGGAAAGCUUUUGCUUUGGAUUUGGUUGCGGGGCUCGAGGAAGAGAGAUUUUCCCUUUGUGAGCAUUGA